CUGCCUCUCCAGCUGCUUCUAAACUCCCAGAGCAAGCACCUCCUGCCGGGCCAUGUCUAGCUGCGACCGGAUCGGAGUGGCCCCUGCCAUGGACAUGCCUGAGGUCCUCAAGUCGCUGCUGGAGCAUACUCUGCCUUGGCCAGAAAAGAGGGCAGAUAAGGAAAAGGGGAAGGAAAAGCUGGAAGAGGACGAGGCGGCUGCCGCCAGCACCAUGGCUGUCUCGGCCUCCCUCAUGCCACCCAUCUGGGACAAGACUAUCCCCUACGAUGGCGAGUCUUUCCACCUGGAGUACAUGGACCUGGACGAGUUCCUGCUGGAGAAUGGCAUCCCCGCCAGCCCCACCCACCUGGCCCAGAACCUGCUGCUGCCUGUGGCUGAGCUAGAGGGGAAGGAGUCCGCCAGCUCUUCCACGGCCUCCCCGCCAUCCUCCUCCACUGCCGUCUUUCAGUCCUCUGAAACCGUAUCCAGCACAGAAUCUUCCCUGGAAAAGGAGAGGGAGACUCCCAGUCCCAUCGACCCCAACUGUGUGGAGGUCGAUGUGAACUUCAACCCAGACCCUGCCGACCUGGUCCUCUCCAGCGUGCCCGGCGGGGAGCUCUUCAACCCUCGGAAGCACAAGUUUGCAGAGGAGGAUCUGAAGCCCCAGCCCAUGAUCAAAAAGGCCAAGAAGGUCUUUGUCCCCGAUGAGCAGAAGGACGAGAAGUACUGGACGAGGCGCAAGAAGAACAAUGUGGCGGCAAAGCGGUCUCGGGAUGCCCGGCGCCUGAAGGAGAACCAGAUCACCAUCCGGGCAGCCUUCCUGGAGAAGGAGAACACAGCCCUGCGGACGGAGGUGGCCGAGCUACGCAAGGAGGUGGGCAAGUGCAAGACCAUCGUGUCCAAGUAUGAGACCAAGUACGGGCCCUUGUAACCCGCACCCCGCCCGGGCAGGGCACUGCCUGCACCUCAGACCUCUGCCUGGGGCUCCUUGGACCCCACGCACGCGUGGAGACUUAGGACUCGUCGUGGGCACGUGGUAGCGCCCUGCUCUGGGGGUGUUCACGUCUCAGCUUCAUUAUGACACGGCCAGUGCACGCACAGGGCGACUUCCCUGGGGAGGCAGUCUCCAUGUCGGAAGGGGAACGUGAGGAGAAUCUAUGUAGAUGGGAGGAUGGCCAGCCUUCCUGUCCCCCGAUAUCCCAGCUGAAUUGGAGGGGGCCCUUUGGAGUGCGAUGCUUCGCUUUCCCAGGGCC